GUUUUUUAUUUUCAGAUAAAGACCUGGAGAAGCAAAGAAGAAAUGCGGUGGCUAGUAAUAAUUUUGAUUGGUCUGUUGUGCCAUGGGCCAAAGUCGUUAGCAGAAGAGGUGGAAGUGAUAGAAGCCAUUCCAGGUUCAGAAGAAAAAGAGCACAAGGCAGAAAAUGACUCAAAGACUGACCAGAUGGCGCUUGAUUCUCUGGAGGAACAAGAUCAGCCUCCAAAGAAACUGGCUUAUAGCGGAAGCCCUCACAGGACUCAGAACCUGCCUCCGAGAAACAACCACAACUACAACCACAAGCAGUUCGGCCCCCAGAAGAACAACAAACCCUACGAGAGCAAGAACUCCUACAAUGGGCCCCCUCCUCCUCCUCCAAAACAAGCCAUGGACAAGUACGGAACCGCCCCUGGAACCGCUCCAGGAGGGGGAGACAUUUGGCCAGCUCCGGUACCGGACAUGCCGAAGAUAGUGUCACUAGAUGUCAAGUGUGAGAAGAAUAGCAUGAAGGUGUAUAUUGGGUUCGAUAAGCCUUUCUAUGGGAUUGUCUUCAGCAAAGGUCACUAUAGCAACGUACAUUGUGUACAUCUACCAGCAGGCUUAGGAAGAACCUCAGCCCAUUUUGAAAUUGGAAUCCAUGCCUGUGGUACAUCAGGCAACACUGAAAAUGGGUUGUAUGGGUACGGUGCCGAAUCUGGAUCAGGGACCUACUUUGAGAACAUUAUUGUUAUUCAAUACGAUCCACAGGUCCAGGAGGUCUGGGACCAAGCCCGCAAACUCCGUUGUACCUGGCACGAUCAAUACGAGAAAUCCGUCACCUUCCGUCCUUUCCCAGUGGACAUGCUGGACGUCAUCCGCACGGACUUCGCCGGCGACAACGUCGGCUGCUGGAUGCAAAUCCAGGUGGGCAAAGGCCCAUGGGCCUCCGAGGUGUCUGGCCUGGUGAAGAUUGGCCAGACCAUGACGAUGGUGCUAGCCAUUAAGGAUGACGAUGCCAAGUUUGAUAUGUUGGUGAGAAAUUGCAUGGCUCACGAUGGAAAGAGGGCGCCUAUUCAGUUGGUGGAUCAGAGAGGUUGUGUAACCAGGCCAAAGCUGAUGUCUCGUUUCACCAAAAUUAAGAAUUUCGGAGCAAGCGCUUCAGUGCUGUCGUACGCACAUUUCCAGGCUUUCAAAUUCCCAGACUCCAUGGAGGUGCAUUUCCAGUGCACUAUCCAGAUCUGCAGGUAUCACUGCCCCGACCAAUGUGCUGACGGUAACUCUCUAACCCACAACGGCCUACUAGAUAUUCCGCACAGUGCCCCUGACAGUGGGUAUGGCAUACCUCCACCACUUCCCUCUCCAGUUGAUGCCUACUUGCAUCCAGGAAGGCCCAGAGAUGAACGUAGGACGAAGAGGGCCUUGAAAUCCAGCCCCGAAAAAGAAGUUGGGGUUAAUAAGGUGAUCCGCGUGGUAUCUACAGGAGACCUAACCUUCCCUCUAGAUGACACUACCAACACUACCACACCUCCAACCAUGGUUUUCCCAACAAAAGAAGAACUAGCAGGAGGUAGCAUGAUCUGCAUGACGACUCCAGGCUUUGCAGCAACUCUGGUUGUCCUUUUGGCCAUUUUGAUAGUGUCUUGUUUGAUGUCAGCCUUCCUUUGCAUCAAAUUGAAGCCUUUCAACAAUCACAAGUUAGGUGUCACCAUAGCCUACGCUCAUUCCCCAAAGGGCAAGAGUAAAAGUUGUUUUUAUUCUUGAUUAUUUUGGAAUCAUCGUUUGGCGUGUGUUGUAAUGUUGACGCUUUGAUUCGGUAUCGAAAAGUUUGAAUGCGAUUUAGUGGAGAAUACAGAAUCAAAUAUCGAGUGUUUUAAAUCCGACUCGAUUUUGGAAACGGUAAGAGAUUUAAGUUGGGGGGUAUUCUUAAAAGUACUUUACAAAAAUGCAUUACAUUUAUCCAAUUCUGUUAUUACCAAAUCUCUGUUUCACAAUUCAAAAAAAAAAGGUUUAGAUUAUUAUGUACCUUAUUGCCCCUAGCCCUUCAUUUAAGUGUUGAGUGUUGCAUAAGUGGCGAGUGUCUGAUUUCAACGUUUUUUUCAAAAUGGUUAAUGCACAUUUUUUAUCUCGACUAUUUGAAGUCUUGGUUAUUCGACAAGAACAAAAACUUAAAAUUAUAAAUAGACAAUUAAGUAAAAGGAAAAUAAUUUAAAAAAA